UCAUUCAUUUUACCAAACUGUUUACAUUUUUUUUUUUUCAUCUUCCAUUUGUCCACCCUCGCUCCCUCACCCUCUUAUUUAUCUCUCUUAAUAUUCAUCAUCUGCAUGCCUAACCUCUUCAGCUCUCCAAACACUCUUGAAAAUGGCUUCUUUCUCCACCACUCUUUUUUCUCCUCUCACCUCUUCACUUUUCCUUCACUCUCUCUUCUUUUCAUCUACCUUUCAACGCCCACCAAAAAUGCUGUACGACCUCAUUUCUUCACCAAUUUCUUGAACCCUUCACAACCACCGUCACAGGGUCGUGUUCCUUCUCAAGAAAGACUCUCGGAAUUCUUUUUUGUACUCAGUAUUUUGUUUAACUGCGUAAACUGAGAUGCCCAUUUUGUUUUUCUGAUGAUUCUGUUUGUUGAUUCGGUCAAAGCCAUAUCUUGGUGCUGCUUGGUGCUUUCGAGUUUGGAUUUCAGUUUUCUUGACUUGGUUACUGAUCUGCUCUCAGAUCUUCAAAGCUUAGAUUGCUUUCUCUUCUGGUCAGUCUUCUCCAGCACCUACUUAUUUGGUAGAGUUCUUUGAGCUUGAGUUCAAACUUCGGUGUGGGUUCUAGGGUUUAUCGAAUUUCAUAACUGUAAGCCAAUCUUUGCUUUUUCUUUGAUUAGAUUUGCAACUCUCUAGACCCUUUUUGAAUUAUUGCUAGGGAAGUGAUUUUGAAGACAACCGAGUCAGUUGAUUGGCUUCCUCAAUCUGUCUCACUUGUUAGUUAUAUGGAGCAUUUCUAGCUACCUGAUUAGAGUUUCUGAUGUAAUUUUGUUGUUUAAGCGACAUUGUAAUAAUGGCAUCCGGUCAAAUUUGUGACCAUUCACUUUUUGUUGCUUUAGCUGUUUCGCUUUUGGGCAGAUGAGUCAUGGGUGUGCUAGGAUUAGCCUCUUUAGGACAACAAUUUAUUGCAAAAUUGUAGCUUAGUUUGAAAAUUGUGCGAUUCUAACUGUUUAGGCAUCCAUUGAGUGGGAUUUUAACCCUUUGCCAUUACCAUUGAGCAUAUUUGGCUAUGUAAUUAGGAUUAUUAGCUGGUUUCUGGUGUUUUAUAAGCUUCCUCUUGGUGCUUUCUGUCAACAUGACUGGAAUUGGUCACUGUUUCGUGGAAUGGAAAGAACAAUUUGUUUCACAGGAGCGGGGGAACCGUGUGGUUCACUAUUUCCUGAAGGACUCUGCUGGGGAAUCUAUUCUUGCUGUUGUGGGCACUGAGAGGAGUGUUAGGCACAUGUUCUAUGUUGUAGCUGAGGAGUUUGUACAGGCCUAUGGUGCGGACAAUUCAAUUCAUGCUGGUUUCAAAUGGAGGUCAAGAAGGGAGGUUGUGGAUUGGCUUACCUCUAUGUUGUCCAAGCAGCAUCUGCAGGGUGACCGUUCCAAAUCACCAAAACAUGAUUCAGUGCAAACUUCAGAAUCUCCUCAAUAUCCCAUGAAUGGAUUUGGUGCUCAACAGACACAGGGUCGGCUUUCUAGGAACUUGACUGGACAUAAUUCGGACAUCGUGUGGUCAGGCGUUGCAUGGACAUGUGGAAAACAGCUCAAACACUACCCCGCUUUCUGUAGAAAUGGGAUUAGAAUAGCGAUCCAAUCCUUUGUUUUUGUCAUGGCUAAAGGAGAGAAUCAUUACCUUGCUUAUUUGGAAGAUAUGUAUGAAGACAAGAGGGGACAAAAGAAAGUCAAAGUGAGGUGGUUUCAUCAUAACCAGGAAGUCAAGGGUGUGGUUCCUCUAAGAAAUGCUCACCCAAAAGAAGUUUUCAUCACACCUUAUUCACAGGUCAUUAGUGCCGAAUGUGUUGAUGGUCCUGCUACUGUCUUGACAUGUGAGCAUUAUGAGGAAUGCUUGGCUGCUUUUCCUAAUGCUUUAUCAACCAGAAUACAUUUGUGCUUUAGGCAGUUCAGAAGCAAUAAAGUAAAGCCUUUUGAUUUGAGUAAAUUGCGUGGGUACUUUGAUCAACCAAUUCUCUCUUGUUUGAAUUCCAAACCAUUUACUGGGGCUGACUCUAUGGGCUUAGACUAUGGCCUAGCUGGUGAAGAAGAUGAAGGAUUGAGUCCAGAUGAGAAUGUGAAAUUGGGAGCCAAGAGAACUAGAAGUGGUAGGAGUGAAACAUUUGUGACUGAUCAUUCAGGAAUUGGAAUUUCUGGAAGCCAGAUGAUGACUUUGGAGCCAUCGUAUUUCAACCCAAGAUAUGGUAUGCCACAUGUUGAGUCUCAGCAUCGAUGUAGCCCACUAUUUGACUUUGAUGAAAAGAUUGAAGUGCUGUGCCAAGAUAGUGGUAUACGAGGCUGCUGGUUUAAGUGUACCAUCUUGCAGGUGUCUCGAAAACAGAUAAAAGUUCAAUAUGAUGAUUUGCAGGAUGCAGAUGAGUAUGGCAAUCUUGAGGAAUGGAUCCCGGCUUUCAAAUUGGCUGUGCUUGAUAAGCUUGGCAUGAGGUGCCCAGGCCGUCCAACAAUUCGACCAGCCCCUCCUGUAAAUGAACAAACAGGCGUGGCUUUUGAGGUUGGCUCUGCAGUUGAUGCGUGGUGGAGUGAUGGCUGGUGGGAGGGGGUGGUAACCGGAAUCAACAGUAGCAGUGAUGAUAUUCUGCAUGUUUACUUUCCUGGUGAAAGAUUUUUCUUGAGCAUACACAAAAGGGAUCUAAGAUCUUCCAGAGAUUGGGUGGGAAAUCAAUGGAUUGAUAUUCAGGCAAAACCUGAUAUACUUUCAGUCAUAUCUGCAACAAUUAACCCAGAUGCCAAAAUGUCCAUGUCUUCAACGAUUGCCAAGGACAUGAACCCCAGUGGUUUUUCUUUGUCCUGUACUGAAGUUCCUACAAGUGCUGAAGUUGAUAACGCUGAAGAGAAAAAACCUGAUGUUGUCAUCCUGGAGGAUAUGGACUCUGAUGAUAAGGCUGAUGAGGAUGGUGGUAAUGAUAUUAAUGUUGGUCAUGAUAAAGUAGAUGAAGUUCAAGGCAAUGAUGACGAUGAUGUUGAUGAUGAUGUGAAAGACAAUAACGAAAAAAUAGAGAGAGGUCUUUGAGUCUUCUGAGAAGGAAUGCAAGGCUGUGGAAUUCAUGGAAGUGACGGCAUAAGAUGCUUGAAGCGGACUUGUAUUGCAUCAUCUCAUGAUUCCCAUGGUGCUACUAAUGUGGGUAGGUUUCAGUUGGUGGUCAGGAUGCCUUUGUAAAUAUUAACAUGACAAUCGGCAAUCUCCAACUCAGUUUGGCGUUCAUAAUCACAGAUGUACAGGAAUUAUAUUUGAUAUUUAAGGUUCUCUUGUAACUGGUUAUAUAAGAAUUGGGAUUGGCAUUUGAAUUCCUUUGGUUAGAAGCCCCUAAUUGAGUCAGAUUUCCCAAAGUGAUUCCUCAAUGUGCUUCCAGCCUGUAUGUUGUACCUUGAUGAUAUUGAAAUUGCUUAUAUAUUCUGUUCCCACCUGAA